AUGACUGGAAACGCUGAGACAACGGUUCAGUCAGGUGCAGAGGGUGCAGUUGUGCCUCUUGUUGCCGCUAUUGACGUUGGUACGACGUCUUCGCGUGUGAUUCUAUUUAACAGGUUGGGCCAAGAAGUUUCCAAGCAUCAAAUCGAAUAUAGUACCAGCGCAUCACACCAAGCGUAUUCAGCAAGCGGUGAGCGGAGACUUGAGGUAGAAAAUGGUGGAUCUGGGAAGGGGAAAAGUCCCGGAGAUGGGGUAGAGCAGACGAUUUUCAGCGCUGAAGGUAUUGCCAUUGAGGCGACAGAGUAUUUGGAGAUUGAAGAUUUGGAGAAGGACGUGGAGCCCACUUUGAGGUUUCCGAAGCCCGGGUGGGUUGAAUGCAAACCCAUGAAUAUUUUGAUUAAUGUGGUGCAAUGCUUUGCUGCAAACUUGAUCACUAUGGACCGCGUCAAUGGCGAUCGAGUCUCCAAUGGGUUGCCUCCAUACCGGAUCAAAUGUAUCGGGAUAGCGAACAUGAGAGAAACUACGUUGGUGUGGUCUAAGUCUACGGGUAAGCCGUUGGUUGACUACGGUAUUGUUUGGAAUGACACAAGAACAACAGCAAUUGUUCAGAAGAAAAAGGAUCAAACGCCAGAAGAUUACCAAGAAUAUUUAAGAGAAAUGACUGGACUACCGUUAUUCUCCACUUACUUUUCGUGUUCUAAAUUGCGUUGGUUACUAGAUAAUUCUCCAGAGGUUAAGAAGGCUUAUGACGAGAAGGAUCUAGUUUUUGGAACAGUUGAUACUUGGUUGAUUUCUAAUUUAACUCACAAUAACGUUCUAGUUACAGAUGUUACCAACGCUUGCAGAACUGGCUUCAUGAACCUCAAUACUAGAGACUACGAUGAUGAAUUGUUAAAUUAUUGGGAUAUUGACAAAAGUAAAAUUCACUUGCCAAAAAUUGUAUCAAGCGCUGAAUAUUAUGGGAACUUCGUCGUUCCUGAAUGUACAAAAAAAUCACUAACAUCAACUGCUUGGGAUCUUUUAAAAGCUUUCUCGGAAAGAGUCCCACCGGUCCCAAUUCAAGGCUGUUUAGGUGAUCAAAGUGCGUCCUUGGUUGGACAACUUGCUUUUAAGCCAGGUUCUGCAAAAUGUACGUAUGGUACAGGUUGUUUCCUCCUAUACAAUACUGGAACUACAAAGUUAAUUUCAAAACAUGGUGCUUUAACAACUUUUGCAUAUUGGUUUCCACAAUUGCAUAGUGAAGAAAAUGAUUAUGGUAAGCCUCAUUUCGCUUUAGAAGGUUCUGUCGCAGUGGCCGGUGCUGUGGUUCAAUGGUUAAGAGAUAACCUCAGAUUGAUUCCUAGAGCCGAAGAUGUUGGUCCAUUGGCUUCUGCAGUACCUGAUUCUGGAGGCGUAGUCUUUGUGCCGGCUUUCAGUGGACUAUUCGCUCCGUAUUGGGACCCUGAUGCUCGUGCUAGCAUCAUGGGGAUGUCGCAAUAUACAACAGCUUCUCACAUUGCUCGUGCUGCUGUAGAAGGAGUUUGUUACCAAGCAAGAUCGAUUUUGAAAGCAAUGAGUUCAGAUGCUUUCGGCUCAGACGAUAAAGAUUUCCUAGAGGAAAUUGUUGAUGAAACAUACGAAAAGACUGCCCUCUCUUCUCUCGCUGUUGAUGGUGGUAUGUCCAGGUCCGAUGAGGUUAUGCAAAUCCAAGCAAAUAUAUUAGGACCAUGUGUUAAGGUGAGGAGAUCUCCUACUUCUGAAUGCACAGCUUUAGGUGCCGCAAUAGCCGCUGCCAUGGCUUUCAAGACAGAGGAGGAGCGUAUUAUCUGGAAAAAUCUAAAGGAUGUCAAGAAAUGGGUCUUUUAUGGCGGAUUAGAGAAGGGCGAUGUAGCGCCCACAAAUAGUUCAAGUCAGAGUCAGUUGAAAGUGUUUACCAGUAAAUCUUCCGACAUUGAAAGAAGGAAAGGUUGGAAGAUGUGGGAAACAGCGAUUGAAAAAUCCAAAGGAUGGAUGCGUGAAGUCCAAAUCUAG